AUGGUCAGCGCAUCGCCAGAGCCUUGGAAGCCUUACGCCAGCCCGCUAGACACACCGCUUGGGUCGCUGGCCGGACGAGCGAUUGGGCGGCUGUCAUUGGAGGAGAGGCGCAGGAGAGGCGGCGGAAAGGAGGUCAAGAAGAGGUGGAUUCACUACGACAUGCACCAAAUAUCACAGUGUGGUAUGCCCAGAGGCACUACUAGGCAAAGGCCCGCUGCAGACAAGAGUCCACUCAUCGAUCGAAUGGAUGCUUCGAUUCCUGCCCGGCCUCAAUUGCUGACUGGCAACUGCAUAGGCCCAGACACACUUGUCUACGCACGCAGCAACAUGCAGGCUCAUACUACAGACAGGGAGAGAAGGGCGGUUGGACAUGGCAUCCUUGGUGCGUCGGCUACUGCUGCGAUGCUGAGCGGCGGCGACGCAUGGAGGUGUCGGGCGCGGCGCCUGAUUGGGCCGCUGUGCGUGAGCUGGCACCCCUUCUCUGCUGCCGGUUGCGUGGACGACGCAGAUUGGGCAGCGCCUGGGGCCGUUUCGUGGUGGGCAGGGAUUGGCCGGUGGAUGCGAUUGCGUCCCAGAUGGCAUGCCAAUGCAAUGCACAAUGCACUGCCAACUCAUCUGGCCGCGGGCCACUGGCAGCCGCAGGAGACACCCGGCGGGCACCACCCUCUUGCGCUUUUCUGGGUCCUUUUCUGGGGCCUGGGCUUGAGUCACUUUCACGGCGCUGCUUCUGGCGCUGCUUCUCCCGUCAGUCAGUCUGCACGCCAUGUAUCAUGUAUGGAUGUUGCAGAAGCAGAAGCAGAAGCAGACGCAGAGGCACAAGCAGCACAAGCAAGCGGCGGGAAGCGUGAGGCAACAAGCGUGUCAACGCCAGCCUCGAAUCGUCACCGGCCCCAAAGCGAGGGCGCCAUCCAUUGCCACCGGCAUCGCGGUAGCGCUGCUUCGUACCGCCUGGCAUCAUAUCGUACCAGGCCGCGCAUUGACGACUUGUACACCAUAUACUGCACCACCGGCGUCUGCCUACGCCAGCAGAACAGGACAGCGCCAUCACAUCAGCGCCAGCGACACGUUGACCAGCCUCUCGUCAGCACCCUGCGCUCCAAUCGCACCUCGUACACCGUUCCCUACACAUAG